UUAAAAAAACGGUAGCACUUUUUGAGCGCUCCUAAUGUUGCCACUAAAUGAGCGUGUAGUUGCGUGGGGCGACGCGUAGUAAAGCGCGGCGCAGGUGUGCAGACAGGAGCCCACACACUGAGCUGCGUGCGCGGGGGGCGAAGGAGCCUCCUGAGCGCAUCACAGGAAGGACAAAACCUGUCCGCCCCACGCAGCCGCGCGACACACUCCUUUCGCGCACUUUCCCGCCUCAGCCUUUUCGGUAAAAAAAAAAAAAGAAAAAAAAAAGAGGGCACGAAGCGCGUCCACAUCUCCACACGGGCGAUGCGCGGAGGCGACCGCGGCCGAGCGAGCGGCACCGCGGCGGGACGGGCAUGAGGAUGGACCCCGGGGAGGUGCUGGUGUUCGGGCUGGUGCUCGUCAUCAUCGUCGUGUCGCUGCUGUCCAACGUGCUGGUGCUCGUCUGCUUCCUGUACAGCCCGGAGAUCCGCAAGCAAGCUCCGGGGCUCUUCAGCCUCAACCUCACCUUCUGCAACCUGUUGCUGACGGUGGCCAACAUGCCGCUUACCUUGGCGGCGCUGGUCAGCCGCGCGCAGCCGGGCGGCGACGCCUUGUGCCAGGCGGCGGGCUUCCUGGAGACCUUCCUGUCCACCAACUCCAUGCUGAGCAUGGCGGCGCUGAGCAUCGACCGCUGGGUGGCGGUGGUCUUCCCGCUGCGCUACCACUCCAAGGUGCGCCACAAGGACGCCGCCCUGGUGCUGGGCUACACCUGGGCGCACUCCGCCUCCUUCUCCACGGCCGCCGCCUGCCUCUCCUUCCUGGGCUACCAGCGCCUCUACGCCUCCUGCACGCUGGCGCACCCCAAGGCGGGCGGCCGGACGCAGUUCGUCGUCUUCACGGUGUUCUUCCACUCCUUCACCUUCUUGCUCUCCUUCGUCGUGCUGUGCGUCACUUACCUCAAAGUGCUCAAGGUGGCCCGCUUCCACUGCAGGAGGAUCGACGUCAUCACCAUGCAGACCUUGGUGCUGCUGGUGGACAUCCACCCCAGCGUUCGCCAGCGCUGCUUGGAGGAACAAAGGCGACGCCGCCAAAGAGCCACCAGGAAGAUCAGCACCUUUAUCGGAACCUUCAUGCUCUGCUUCGCUCCGUAUGUCAUCACCAGGAUCGUGGAGUUGUUCCCGUGGGUGCCCAUCAGCCCUCACUGGGGGGCCAUGACCAAGUGUCUGGCCUACAGCAAGGCGGCGUGCGACCCCUUCGUGUACUCGCUGCUGCGCCAUCAGUACAGGAAGACGUGCGCCGACAUCGUCAACCGGCUGCUCAAGCGCCGCUCCUUGAACGCGGCGGCGCGCGGGUUCGAGAGCCAAGGCAGCAGCAUACCCAGAGUUGAGUGACGGGACUAAAGCGUGUGUGCUUUUUGGGAAAUAUGUUUUAUGGACAAGGAGGACAUUUAUGGACAUCCUCAUGCAGUCACAAUGGUAGCUGGGACUGUAUUUUACAGUACUACUAGUAUUUAUUUAUUUAUUUAUGUCUCAAAGAGUCUUGGUUUGUUGGCGCAGUAAAAUGUAGCACUGAAAGCUGCAGGGCAUCUUUAUCCAAAUUACCGUAAAUACUCUAAUAAUAGCCCAGCUGUUUUUUUUUUUAUAUACCUGAACCACAAACAGAAUUAUUAUAAGCAGAAAUGUGUUUUUUUUUAACGUUUUUGUUUUCUUCGCAAUGUGUCGACUUUAUUCUCAUGACAUGUCAACCUCGGUUCUUACAGCUAACAUAAAUAUAUAUAUAUUUUUAAUGUGUUAUAUUACAUUUUAUUACAUUACUAAUAUAUAAUAUUAUAUUUUGACUUUAGUCCCAUAAAAUGCAGCUUUUUUUCUUGGAUCGUCAACUCAAUUCUCAUAAUUAUUUGCCCGUAU